AGUAUGCGCAGGGAAUUGUGAUCGAUCGUUCGCGUGUCGUCGCAAUAAUAACGACGUUUCCGCGCCUCGGUUCUUCUCGUCUUUCUUCUCGUAUCAGGAGGCCCGCAAUCCUGUCCAGGUCCCUCAAAAUGGUGAAGAUGGAACAUGAUGAUGGUAAAAAUGAGCCGGAACACGUGAGAAAGUUGUUCAUCGGCGGCUUAGAUUAUAGAACGACAGAUGACUCGCUUAAGAAACAUUUCGAACAAUGGGGAGAAAUCGUCGAUGUUGUCGUUAUGAAGGAUCCUAAGACGAAGCGAUCCAGAGGCUUUGGUUUUAUCACUUAUUCACGUGCUCAUAUGGUGGAUGAUGCUCAGAAUGCCAGACCCCACAGGGUAGAUGGCAGAGUGGUAGAGCCCAAGAGGGCAGUGCCCAGGCAAGAGAUUGGCCGACCGGAAGCCGGAGCUACCGUGAAGAAACUCUUUGUGGGCGGCUUGAAGGACGACCACGAAGAAGAGGAUCUUAGGCAAUAUUUUCAGAGUUAUGGUAGCAUAAACUCAAUUAGCAUAGUCACCGACAAGGAGACCGGUAAGAAGCGCGGCUUCGGUUUUGUCGAAUUCGACGACUACGAUCCCGUCGACAAGAUCUGUCUACAACGUAACCACCAGAUUCGCGGCAAGCACGUCGACGUUAAAAAAGCUUUAAGCAGAGCUGAAAUGGCGUCUGCGUCCGGGGGUGGUGCUGGGGGCGGAGGCGGUAGCCGCGGCGGCCAGGGAGUAGGCAGAGGUCCGCGCGGCGGCAAUCAAGGUGGCGGUAGCUGGGGAGGACGUGGCAGCGGUGGUGGCGGAGGCGGUGGCGAUUGGAAUAACGGGGGUAAUCAGGGCGGAUACGGCGGUGGAGGUAAUCAAGGUUGGGGAGGUAAUGGACCAUGGGAGAAUCAAAAUCAAGGUAAAGGUGGAGGCUGGAACCAGAGCGGACAGGGCGGUUAUAACAGCGGUGGCAAUUGGAGUAACGACAACUUUGGCGGUGGUUAUCAACAGGGAUACGGUGGUGGCCCGGUGCGCAACAACUUCAACUCGGGCGGCAGAUCGGCACCCUACGGCGCCAAUUCAGGUCCUAGCGGCCGACAAUCCGGCGAUUCGAGAUGGUUACCACCCUUCGGCGGACAAGGUUACUUUUCAGCUUCAAAAGUCGACAAGAGUAGUGACCCAUGGGUGGCGGAAAUUCCGGUGGCGGCGGAGGUGGAUACGGAAAUCAAGGUGGUUACGGCGGUAAUUCCCUCGGCGGUGGAAACAUGGGCGGCGGUGGCGGCGGAGGAGGAGGCAGCGGAAGGAGGUAUUAGGAAACGAAAGGAGCAUAUCGCUAACAACCUCUCUCGCUGAGAGCGACGUAUCUCCGCCGCUGUCCUUCCGAGAUCGUCAACUGAGGUAAGUUCAAGAUACAAUCCGUCCCCGCGUCUAGUGAUCAAAGAUCUUCUCGAGUCGCUUCGAUUAUUAUUCGAGAUCAGGUAUUUUUUUAGAGAAUCUUGAGAAUUCAAGCUUCCAAAAAUCCGAGUAUAAUAAUCAAGAGAACAAAUAUUUUUCUAAGAAAAAUCAAAGAGAUCCAUUAAUAAAAAUUAAAAAAAUCUUAAAAUUUUUAAAUAGAAUCUACAUUCUCAAAAAAUUUACAAUUUUAGAAAUAUUAAUCUUAAGAGCUUUUACUUGUGAAAAAAAUCUUAAAAUUUUGAAGAUCAUUAUAGAACACACACUUUUUUCAUACUCUUUUGGAGGUUUAAGCUAGAAUGAUUUAGGGACUCUCGGAUCGUAUAUGGAAUCUUGAAAUCUGGUUUUGUUAGGAUCUAAACAUUUUUACAUUCACAUUUAUAAAAUAUUAAAUACUUGAAAAGUUUUUGAUAAAGCAAAGAUCUUAAAGAUCUUCGAAAUUAGAAAUUUCUUAGGAUCUAUUGUGCGAUGUAUUUAGGAUUAAUUAUAUUUUUAUAUAUUUAAUAAACUUCUUUCUAGU